ACACACACACACACACACACACACCAUACUGCACUUUUCACAGCUCCUGUGGAAGCAUCACACACUUCUCAGAGGACCUUUCUUUCCUUCUUUCUUCCAUGUGACUUAUUAUGGAGUUUUGAAAGUCUUUAACUUCUCUUCAUAUGUCGUUGGAAAAAACAUCAGCAAGAAACUAGUUGAGAUGGAAGAGCUUUGACUUGCACCGGCCUCGGAGGUUACAUUAUGGUUUUGGGCCAAACUGUCAACAUGAGUUUGAUGGACAUUUCGAAGAUCUUCUCCUUGCUACAGCCUAAGGAGGAGGAUGAGAACAAUGAGCAGUGUCAGGCCCUGAACAAUGCCGUGAGCAGCGACGACGUGACUCUUCUCUCUGAGCUUCUGUCUCAAGAGACUUACAAGAGGUCUAUCAAUGCUCGAAGCGGGUGGGGGAUUCCGGUAACUCCCUUGCGCACUGCAGCUGCUCUGGGACACCUGAGGUGCUUGGAGCUGUUGUUGGAGCACGGUGCAGAGAUCGACAGCCUGGACGUGAAGGCUCAGACGCCUCUGUUCACAGCUGUCAGCGGGAAACAUCUGGACUGUGUGGUCGCCCUGCUGAAGGCCGGAGCCGAUCCUAAUGGCAGCCAGUACAACAACUGCUCCCCGCUGCUGACUGCAGCCCGGGAGGGCGACGUAGAGGUGCUCCGGGAGCUGCUGCGUUUCAGAGCCGAGGUGGACGUCAAGCCCAAAGUCCCCGAGUGGGCCUCCAAUGCCACAGCCUGCAGAGGGCCCCUUUAUAUCUGUGCGGUUUAUGGACACCUGGACUGCUUCAAACUGCUCCUUCUCUACGGGGCCAACCCCAACUACAACUGCACGGAUGAGAAGAUGAUGGCCAGGAUAAAGCAGCCAAAGACGGUGCUGGAGGUGUGUCUGCGUUAUGGCUGCGGGGUGGAGUACAUCCAGCUUCUCAUAGACUUUGGGGCUGACGUGUAUCUGCCCACACUGAUCAUUGACAAGACCACAAAGCAGAAUGAAGCUCUGAUUCUGCUGCUCAAAGAGAGAGUUUGUCCAAAAACCUUGAUGUCGCAGACUCGGCUAGCAAUACGAAGAUACCUUCCCUUUGCCAAUAAGGAGCGUGCCGUUGACAGUUUGGACGGUCCUCUGAUCCUGAAGAGCUACCUGAAGCACGUCACCUCUGAACUCCUAUGAUGCUCACCUCUGCAUCACGAUAUAUGACCAGUGACUUUUGUUUUUUUUACCUCAUUGCUGUACACUCAUGACUGGAUAAUUGAUUAGGACAUCAUACUCACAGAAGAGGCCACAGUAUUGUCCCAAUGCUGUAAAUUCUUGUUUUUAUUAUUUAUAUAUCAAUUUUGAAGCUACAAAAUAGAUUAAGUUUAAAUGUUUAUUUUUACGAAGCUCAUUGAAGUGUCUUAGUCAAACACAGAAAGUUGAUCACUGAAGUGCUCCAUGUUGGAAACUCUGCCAUGUCUUUGGGAAGUGUAACACCACGGGUGACCACUAGAGACCACAGUAAUACUGCAGUUAGCUUUUGAGGCUUCUCAUUUGUUCACAUACCGUUCAGUCUCACUUCAGUUAUUUAGACAUCAAGACGCAACUGGACAGACACACAGACACACAGACACAGUGCCUGCAUCGCAGCAGGAUGUCUUAGAUCUCGCCUGAAAAACACCCUCGCAUCUGUGGACUUCAAAACAUCAGGAAACGGAGCAAUCAGCCUCCACUUCAGCACGGCCAACGGGGAGAAUAUGUUUGCAUAAUUCGCAUUAUUUAUUGAUAACAGCAUUUGCAGGCUACAAUUUGUGGUUGGAAGUUUGUUUCUUUUGUGAAUUGUGAACACUAUCUUGAUAAUGUUAUUAUCUUCUGUUUAAAUGCCCUUUAAAUCUUUCUUCUGUAAUACAUCCAGUGUGUCAGCUGUUUGGAAUGGGGACCUACAAACAGGAAAUGAUGUCACACACACGACAGGAAACCAAGCACAAUGCUCUCACUCGCACAUUGAGGCCUCGACACACAGUUUCUGUAGAGGUUUUAUUUUCAACAAAAGUACAGCUAUAUCAGAUAUGGAUUUAUUUUUACAGCGAAGUACAACAUAUUCCCAGUGCUUCUGAUUACAUCAAAACAUAUAAUGUACAUACAGUUGACAUCUCCACUCUCCCAUUCACAGUUUCUGGAUUGAAUAGGCAUUAUUUUUCAUUUCUACAACAAAUAAUCAAAACUCAAAGGCCAGCAAGAAAGAAAAUGACAAAUGUUUGCAUAUGGUGACAAAGGAUAUGGAUAGUGAGUAAAUUUCUCUGUGAUA